AUGAAAAUGUCUUCAUUCUUACAUUUAAACAUGCAAGAUUCUAACAGCUACGCUCUAGUAUGUAUCUGCUGCACCUCACAAAGUCCCGUUCUAAUAAACAUGAGUACAUGUAAACAUACGAUUUUUUUAACUAAUUACUUAAAUUUAGAGCUUGAACUAAAAAAGAUGUACAUCUGCAACUUAUGCCAUAAUAUGCUGAAAAAAAUAGAAGUAUUUAAACAGCAGGUCGAGGACAGUGUAGCAUUACUUCUAAAUCAGGCUCCGAUACUAAAAAUAAAUAAACUGCACAAUAUGCAAAUAGCACCAAUUAAAUCGUUUACACACCUCACCAUUAUUGAAGUUGAGAAAGAUAUUAAAAUAGAACCGGUAACCGACAAUACUUCGGACACCGAAGAACUGAAGAAUGAAAUGGAAUCAUCGGACAACGAUACUGAAGUACCGUUAUCAGUAUUACAAACGAAUAAAAAUAAGAGAAAAAGAGAUAUGCGUUACGAAGGAAAGAUUAAAACUGUGUAUUUGACUGAAGACGAUUUGAGGAUUGAACGAGAGAAAAUGGCUGCGGAUGAAAAGUAUCUGAAAUUGCCGUAUAAGUGUGAGCUUUGCAUCUUGGCGUUUGAUCAUGAACUGACACUGCAGAAUCAUAAUGAGGGGAGGCAUAAAAAGGAUGAAGAUGGUUUCGAAUGCAAUGUCUGUAAAUCCACGCUGAGUACAAAAGUUACCUUCAAAGAGCAUGUCCAGAGACAUUAUAGAAGACUGGAAUGUAUGGUAUGUCAGAAACGCUACAAUCAUAUGAGUUCAGCACUCCAGCAUUAUACUGAACAGCAUUCUGGCGAUGCCAAUACAUUAUUCUCUUGCAACAAAUGUGAAUUUACUGCUAGUACCCGCCGUGCGUAUCGGUAUCAUUUGGAUAAACAUAAAGAGAAACCUUCCUGCAGUAUAUGUGGGAACCAGUUCGUGAACAGUAAUGGACUGAAAGUGCAUAUGUAUACAGUACAUCAACAGUCAUCGCGUCAAUACAAAUGCGAGGAAUGUAACAAACAGUAUAGAGCUAGGUCGGGGCUUGAGGCCCAUCAGAAGUCGGCCCACGCUACUACAGACUUCAAGGCUUUCUGUGUCGAAUGCAAGACUUACUUCAAGAACCGAGCGAGCCUAGUCCAUCAUAUGCAUACUCAUUCUAAACACGUUGGAGAGAGUGAUAAGCGAUUCAUUUGCGAUGAAUGCGGUGCGAAGUUUUUAACAAAAAGCAGUUUGCAAGUACAUAUAAACUGGAAACAUUUGAAGAUAGCGUACAAAUGUACUCAAUGCACUAAGGUAUUCAAAAACAGUUAUACGUUGGACCGUCACGUGUCUUAUGUCCACAACAAGUUCCGGCCGCCGAGGAAUAAGAUAUGUGAUUAUUGCGGUAGAGGGUUCACUACGCAAACAAUUCUCAAGUCUCAUAUAAGAACGCAUACAGGAGAGCGCCCUCUACAAUGUACUCACUGUACGGCGACAUUCGCACACCCCGCUGCUUUGUAUACCCACAAUAAGUUGCUACAUUCUGGGAAUAAAUAA